UGUGAAGUGUGGUUGUAUGAUUUAUGAAUCCACAGAAUGAGUUUUGCAAUGAUGCUACUCUUCGCAGGCAGAAUAGGUGGGUGUAAUAUCUCUUUUGGAAUGUGGUCAGCUAAAGCUAAUCUACCACCUACUCGUAAUACUUGCGACUGUUCAUCGAAAUAUGGCUUUAAAGACCUUAAACCUGGUGAAAGGUGUGCCAAUACUCCCCCUUUGAUGGAAAGGAGCUCUGAGGUAAGACGAUUUUCUUGGGCGACACGUAUCCAAAACAAUGUGGCCUCUCUCAAUUCAACUAAAGUUGGAGCGAGCGUUUUUGGGCUAUUUGAGCCUUGUUUUGUUAUCUUAGAAAAUCGUAAGAAGAAAACUGCAACAAAAAGCAGUGUUGAAAACAAUUCGUGGUUUUCAGAAACGUUCUGCCAGGUUUGCCAAAAGGACGAAACCGAAGCAGCCACCAAGGUGGUGGAGGCCUUUUUGUACAGAUCUGGAUCAGGCUCUUCCACAGUUAAAGAGACGGGAAAAGAAUCGUGUGAUCCGUAAAGGAAUUUCGGGCCUGUAAACCAGUCUGGAAACUGUAAAAGCUCCGAAGGUGUCAAACCCCUGGAUGCUGCAUCCGCAGACGUAUUGUAGAUACCUGCAAGAUGUCUCCAUUGGGAUGGAUCUGUGUGACUUUGAAUUUCAGACACGCAGUUUGCUACAAAAGUAGGCCAAUUAUGAGGUUCCUUCCUCAACCACUGAAUUACCGUUUUGGAAUCAGAGUAAAAAUAUACGCUCGAAACAGACAUCUUAAUAGCCUUGCAAGCGGCAACAGCCAAGCGUGCGGCAGUUACUGCACCGAGCAACUCAAGCCGUGCAAUAGUUACGCGUUUGAGAGGAGCCACACAUGUUUUUGCUGUUAACAAAUGGACAACGACAUUUUUUGAGUUUUCAUAUCGAAUGUAAACGACAGCGGCAUAUGCCUUCUGACUAGCGUCACAAAAAACAUGAAGUGCACAAGAGUCAGGAAUCAAAUUAGGACACACACAUCGGGGAAUUUCAAAAUUAUCAAGUCGACCUAGUUUGUCUAACCAAAUCUUCCACGGGUCUAAAAUGUCCUUCGGUAAGGGAUCAUCCCAACCGAUGCCCGAAAGCCAGCAUAAUUGAAGGAGAAUUUUUGCUUUGAUGAUGACUGGUCCCAAAUACCCAACAGGGUCAAAAACACGGGACAUCUUAGAACAAAGAGUUCUUUUAGUUUCAGGUUUGUCAUCUAGACAAAAGGUCGGAUGUUAAGCUCAUCAAUUCAAAAUGUUUAGUGUGCUUGAAGCAUAGUCGAGUCAACUCGGUUUUGAAUUGGUACGUAACAUUCCCAUUUUCGCUAGGCAUUUGGAAUAAUAGUACUUGAGUACACUUGAGUACACUCGAGUAUAUACUUAGGGUCCGUGAGUACACCUACGUACUGUACUCGGCUAUACUCAGCUAUGCUUGAUCUCUCUUUUGGGCUUGCGCUGAUGUUUCUUUGCCUACAGUGAGCCUAUAAAGCGCAGAGCCGACCAAAGAUUGUCUUUGAUUAACAGGAGUUGGUCAAACCACUCAACCUUGUCACCAUCUGCGAUGUGUAAUAGCCUGGCUGUUGACCUUUUAAGUCAUAUGUAACGGAAACCCUGGUCAACUGUCCAAAGAACCAAACCACGUGGAUCCGCUAUUUCACGUGUUUUCUGGUCUAAGCUCCAAAGAAAACUGAGGAAGAAAUGGCGCUCAAUGAGAAUAUGGAAAUUCCCAGUCCCGUUCACCUCGUCUACCCGGUUCUAUUACCUUCAAAAGGUCGAGAUUAUUUAAAGCUGCACAGAGUGUUUGAACUCGUACGCUGGAUCGGAGUUGAGCGGGAGCUAUCCCUCCCUAGGCGAAAGGCUAUGUAUGUAGGUGACAGUAGCCAAGAUGAACAAUGAAAUGGAAAACCUAACAUCCUCUGAGGCAUUUGACCCAAAAAAUCUAAAGCUGGCAUGGAAUAAUUUGAAGUUAAGAGCCAGGAAGAAAAAAUCAGAUCACAUCAAGGAAUUAAAGCGAACAGGAGGAGGAGCGCCACCCAAAUGAAAAGAAUGAAGUAGCUUAGAGGCUCAAGUUUUGGACGAGGCCGGGGAUAAUAAUGAAUUAGAGUCACGUUUUGAUUCCGAGGCUCCAUUUGACCUCGCCCGGAACAACAAAACUGAAAAAACCAUUCUACUACAAGAAUCUCACUUGACAUCACACAGCACCGAUCCUUUUCCACGCCCAUUGACAAAUCAAAACAAAAUACAGCCAGAGGAGCCCCAAAUUCAACGUGAACCACAAUCAGGACCUUUGCCACUCAACCAAUGUCAAUUUCAAGAUAAGGCCUGCCUCCCAGAAAUCUCUUCAGCUAGUCAAAUCUUUUCGGCGGACAUCGAAUCAAUGCCGUAUCAUUUUGAGUACGACAAUGAAUGGAGCAUCACGAAUUGUAUUGUUGGAAACGAGAGUGAUCAAGACAUUGAACCAACAACAGCCAGCAUUGAAAGUCUAGACACCACUGUCUCCUUUGACUUGACUACAGGCCAAAGACGUAUCCUGCAAGAACAAUUGAACGGCACGGUCAAUGUUACCCCACCCCCAUCUUCGCCGGCCAGAUCUCGUUCUGCAAGUCCAAAUGACGAAUCCACCCAAAAUAAUUUACCUGCUCGCGGCCGAGGUGGUAGCAGGGGCCGUGGUCGAGGCCGAGGGAAUAGGCGAGCCAAGGCACCAUCAACUAUAGCUGGGCGUUUCAUUGAAAACCGAGGAAUAAUGGAGGCUAACUUUUUAAGCGAUCAGCACAAGAUAAAACAAGAGAUUCUCGAAUUGGAAAAGCAAGCCGCUGUAAUAUACAAGAACACCUUGGAGAAAAAAGCCGAAAACGAAGAAUGCCAAUUCAAUAGCCGAUUUCAACACGAAGCCAAAUUGUUCGAUAUUGAACGAAAAAAAGCGGCUGACCUUGCUCACCUGGAGGUUAUGUCUUUAAAAUUUCGGGUUCGUCGUGAAAGAGCGUUGACAAUCAAGGCGGAAAAAGAAGCGGGAUUAAAUCCAAUGGCUGGUUUUGAUGACCAUCUGUUGCCGUAGUUUCAUUUACUCUUUUUGUCAAGUCCGUCGAAGGACAGCACUGAAUUCUCAUUACAACUUUUUUUAUUAGCCGCUAACAGCGUACGAGGUCAGUUGAAUUGUUUGGUCUUCCAUCUAUGUAUUUCUUGGCCAUUGUCACUGACUUUAAAAGCUCUUGCAAAAAUAUGCCUUUCAAGUUCUUUCUGACAUGAUUUGCUUAUCUUUGUCAAAAAUAUUUCUGUAUCCUGUUGUCAAAACAAAUAAAUACGACUUACGUCA